AUGGAUUCCAGACUCGCGCUCUUCGCGCUUCUCCUCGCCGCCGUCCUUGUCUCAGCGAGCGGCAAGGUGGAGAAGGACGUCAAGCAGCUGCAGAUCGGCGUCAAGUUCAAGCCGGAGACCUGCAGCACCAAGGCGCGCAACCUCGACACUGUCAGGGUUCACUACAAGGGCAUGCUGGUGGACGGCAGCGUGUUUGACUCGAGCUACGAGCGCGGCGACCCGCUGCAGUUCCGCUUGGGGCAGGGCAACGUGAUCAAGGGGUGGGACAUGGGCAUUCUGGGCAUGUGUGUGGGCGAGAAGCGCAAGCUCAAGAUCCCGCCACACAUGGGGUACGGCGAGUCGGGCUCGCCACCCAAGAUUCCCGGCGGGGCGACGCUCAUCUUUGAGACGGAGCUGGUGGAGAUCGUGGGGGCCAAGCCCGACGACGAGCUCUGA